CACGCCCUCAUGCCUGGAGUUGGGAGAUAAUUAUCAUCCUUAUAACGCAGCAUUGCAACACAUUACGGUUCGCGGUCUGUCAAUAACGAGUGCUGUUCUCCCUAGCGCAGGACCGUUUCGCCUCCCGUCGUGCGAUGGCGGCUCCAGCUACGGCCGGCGCGGUCGCAGCAGGAGAGCGACGUGGAUUACCUUAUAACGAAUGUGCUUAUGCCGGUUGACGCAGACCAAGAGGGGAAUCCCUUCAAUGGCUAUGCGCGCUUCACUGUUCGCAUGUCCCAGGGAGCGAUAGCAUCGGUCGUUCGCACUUCGCCCAUCACUCCCCACGCUGUCACCCACGCUGCUGCUGAUGCUGCUGCUGAUGCUGCUGCUGCGGGUGAUGCUAACGCAGUUGAUGAUGGUGCUGCUGCUGGUGCUGCUGCUGCUGGUGCUGCUGAUGCCGAUGCGGCAGUAGCAGAAAGGGGCAGGACUGUACACGUUAUAGACGGGACUAAUAAAAUGCUCCUUCCAGGCAUGGUCAACGCACACACGCACAGCAUAGAGGCGUGGGGCAGGGGAGGCAUCAUGCCUCUGCCCCUGGAGCUGUGGGUAAACUCCCUCUUUACCCACAUGGACCCCCGAGGACCCAACCCCAAUGCUUCCCCUGAUGUGGUGUAUUGGGCAGCUCUACAUACUGCAAUCGAAACCAUCAUGACUGGAGGCACAGCCGUUAUGGAUCACCUUUACAUUCGGGACCUAUCUGACCUAGAGGCAGCAGUGCGCGCAUACAAGCAAGUCGGCAUUCGAGCCUUCAUUGCCCCUAUGCUUGGCGAUCUGGACGUUUCAAACUACUUUCCUCUAGUGCCAGACGCAUGUGAGCGCAACGAGAGGGCGAGGGAAGAGGGGUUGUGCCCUGGGGCCAUGGGGCCUGACGGCUUCUUCAGAGAGCAGCUAGCAGCGAGGCAGGAGGAAAACACCGAGAGGGUUCUCAGCCUCUGGAGGGAAGCUGCGCAGAAGUUUCACGAUCCUGCAGGCGGCAUCAACAUUGUGAUUGGUCCUGUGCAGAACUGGGGAGCAUCCGAAGAGUUGAUCAGGCGGGCUGUGGAGAUACGGAAGGAUUUUAGCCUGUGUGGCCACAUCCACCUUCUGGAGUCUCGCAUGCAGAAGCUUCAGAGCAGGUCACGCUACCCUGAUGGGGGGUGUGUGAAGCUGCUGAAAGACAUUGGGUGGUUGUCGCUCCCUGGCACCUCGUGCGCGCACUGCGUGUGGCUGGAGGACGAGGAGCAAGCAAUAAUGGCGGAGUGUGGAGCAGUAGCCGUGCAUAACCCGGUCUCAAACCUCCGGCUCGGCUCUGGCAUUGCUCCCAUAAGAGACUACCUCGAUAAGGGCAUUUCUGUGGCUAUUGGGUGCGAUGGGCAGUGCUCCAACGACUCACAGGACAUGCUGGAAGCUGUCAAGUUGGCAUGUAUUGUCAACCCUCUCACAACCCCCGAGUAUCGCCGGUGGUUGUCUCCUAGAGAGGUGCUGAAGAUGGCAACAGAGGGAGGGGCGGCAGCAUUGGGCAUGAGAGGAAAGGCAGGGGCGAUCAGGCCCGGCUAUGUGGCGGAUGCUGUGCUGGUUGACUUGACGGCACUAUCCAUGCUGCCACGAGCUGACCCUCUUGGUCAGCUGGUGCUCACAAGACAGAGCUCAGGCAUCGCAGGCAACACAGUGCAUUCAGUGUGGGUCAACGGGAGGCUUCUUUUGUCAGAUGGAGCCCCAACAACAGUUGAUUUGCCUUCUCUUCGUCAAACUUUAUUAAAGCAGCAGCCUCAAUACAUGGACCCACAAAUUACAGAUGCAAAAGGAAGGCCUGUGGAGGUGGAGUAUCGUGCAGCUAUGGGCCUGGACACGCCUCUGGGCACACAUGAUCAGGGCCAUUCCUCAAAUUACCCAAUUUUCAGGGUGAAUUACCCUGCGGACAUCCCAUACAGAGACAAAAAAUGAAUGGAGCACGCUACAGGGUUUCGGGUCUGAGCGCACUUCCAGGCGUGAGGCACCUGGCCCGCGCCGCGCAGCCCUGAGCAGUGUACAACAGAUAGGGACGUGAGGUUGGCCGGAUUUGCGGUCCAUGUAAUGUACUCUCUGGGUGUGGUAAAUUUUGUGCGGUUUACUUCAACGUGUUCAACAUUUUGCACGGAUGUGAGCUUCGCCGAUUUCUUAAGCCUUUUACCCCUACAAAACUCCCAACAUGUUCGAACAAAGAAACU